UUUGUGUUGCAUCAGUGAAGAUAUCGCUCAGUACAGGACAGGACAGAGCUGAGGGGACUGGGCUUGGUUAAUUUUUAACCCAACUGUCAGCUGACUCUCAGGGUUCCUGUAUAUAAUGGGGAAGUUUCUGGCAAACUGUCUGCAGCAAAGAGGACAUUAAAGGCUGUUAAGAUGCGUGGUUUCCUUGCUAGUUGUUCUUUCGCAGCACUGCUGCUGGCUGUAGCCUGCACACACCACGGCCAUCACCACGGUUCUGGACACAGCCAUGAGGGCGAGCACACCUGCCACAAGCUGUCCCCUCCCAAUGCCGACUUCGGCUUUGCCCUCUACAAAAGUCUGAAUGCCAAGGCUGCUGCUGGAAAGAACAUCUUCUACUCACCACUGGGCAUCUCCACCGCCCUGUCCAUGCUGUCGACCGGGGCCCGUGGUGAAACACACAGGCAGCUGUUCUCCGGCUUGGGUUACGGCGCUCUCAACCAGGCACAGGUCAACGAAGCUUACCACCAUCUUUUCCACUUGCUUGGCCACAGCCAGGAGAAUCAGCAGUUGGAUGUCGGCAGUGCUGUUGCAGUGCGCUCUGGCUUCAAUCCUCUGGAGGCGUUCCUGAAGGAUAUCAAGCACUACUACUCUGGUGAGAGCUUGAAUGUCGACUUUACAAAACCUGAGGAGGCUGCAGCUGAGAUUAACAGAUUCAUCGCCGGUAAAACACAGGACAAGAUAAAAGAUAUGGUGAAGGACUUGGAUCCUGACCUGGCCAUGGUGCUGAUCAACUACGUCUUCUUCAGAGGACAGUGGGAGAGACCCUUCGAUGGUAACCUGACGCACAAGGCUGACUUCCAUGUGGACGAAGCCACCACAGUUCAGGUGGACAUGAUGAGGAGGAUGGGACGCUACGACUUCUAUCAGGACACUGACAACCACACCACUGUCAUCAUGCUGCCGUACAAGGGAAACACCUCCAUGAUGAUCGUCCUGCCUGAUGAAGGCAAAAUGAAUGAGGUGGAGGGCUACAUCAACAAGGACUACGUCAGGCACUGGCACGACAAGCUCUUCAGGAACUCUGUGAGUCUGUUCUUGCCUAAAUUUUCCAUCUCCGUUGACGCCUCUCUGGCUGACACACUUAAAGAAUUGGGAAUGACGGAUGCUUUUUCAGACAACGCUGAUUUCUCUGGCAUGUCUGACGAGGUCAAGCUCAAAGUCUCAAAGGUGUCCCACCAGGCUGUGCUAAGCGUGGAUGAAACAGGAACAGAGGCAGCAGCCACCACCACCAUUGAAGUCAUGCCCAUGAGUUUGCCUGAAACCAUGACACUCAACAGACCCUUCUUGGUCUUCAUCCUGGAGCAUUCAACGAGGAGUAUCCUCUUCAUGGGCAAGAUCAACAACCCCACAGCCGUAUAAAGAUGCUAAGGAAAUGAGUGUUACAUUAGUUUCAUUUUCACACUGCAGUAAGUUUCAGCAGCUUCUGAACAUAAGCUUGGUUUUACCUCAGCACUUGAAAAACCCUGUAAAGAUGUAACGGUGAUAUUAAGAGAACUGAGGAUAGUUUGAUGAAUAAGAACGGAUCUGAAAUGUUAUUCUGUACGCAUGUUUGUUGUCUGUGAGCAUGACACAUUCAUUACCAUCAUCUGAACCUGGCCGGAUGAAAAAUGACUAAAUACAUCAUCACACGUUUCUGUGUAUCUGAUCGACAAUAUGAUACAGUUAACAGGAAACAUUAGAAGCUAAAUAACAUGAAGCAUCUGUUAACACACUGAGCCAGUGUGUUAUUGUGCUGUUGCUGUUUCAACAUGGUUCAACAUGAAGUGAAAUAAAGACUUGUCAUGAA